CGGCGGUGUAGUCUAGUAGCCCCGGGAACUGCCGGCGCGGGCCGGGUGGGCGGAGGCGGAGCUGUCAGUCGCCCUGAGCUGCUGGUCGCUUGCCCGCCAUGCGCCCCCCACCCUCCGCCGUGCUCUGUCUAUUGCUGCUUCUGCUGCUGCUGCUGCUUGUGCUGCGGCCCGCGCUCGGCACUGCCCGGAAGACAACGCCCUGCCAGCGGUGUCGGACCUUGGUGGACAAGUUCAAACAGGGCAUGGCCAACACGGCCAAGAAGAACUUCGGCGGCGGCAACACAGCCUGGGAGGAGAAGACGCUGUCCAAGUAUGAGUUCAGCGAGAUCCGGCUCCUGGAGAUCAUGGAGGGCUUGUGCGAGAGCAGUGACUUCGAGUGUAACCAGCUGCUGGAACAGCAGGAGGAGCACCUAGAGGGCUGGUGGCUGCAGCUGAAGAAGGAACACCCGGACCUAUUUGAGUGGUUCUGUGUACAGACUCUGGAAGUGUGCUGUUCUCCAGGGACCUACGGGCCAGACUGUCGUGCAUGCCAAGGUGGAUCCGAGAGGCCCUGCAGCGGGAACGGCCACUGCAAUGGAGAUGGCAGCAGACAGGGGGAUGGGUCCUGCCAGUGUCACACAGGCUACAAGGGAACACUGUGCACUGACUGUAUAGAUGGCUACUUCCAGUCACUGAAGACCGAAACCCACAGCACCUGUACAGCCUGUGACGAGUCCUGCAGGACGUGCUUGGGCCCAACCAACAGGGAUUGCAGCAAUUGUGAAGCCGGCUGGGUGCGCAUAAAGGACGCCUGCGUGGAUGUGGACGAGUGUGCAGCAGACGCGCCUCCCUGCAGUGACACCCAGUACUGUGAGAAUGUUGCCGGCUCCUACACCUGUGAAGAGUGUGAUUCCACCUGUGUAGGGUGCACAGGGAAAGGCCCGGCGAAGUGCAAAGAGUGUGUCCCUGGCUACACAGAGGAGAGCGGGCAGUGUGCAGAUAUAGAUGAAUGCUCACUAGCAGAACAACCAUGUGCGCGGAAGAAUGAAAACUGCUACAAUACCCCAGGGAGCUUUGUCUGCGUGUGUCCUGACGGCUUCGAAGAGACAGAAGACUCGUGUGUGCCGCCGGCCGAGGGCGAAACAGAAGCCACAGGAGACAACCCGACACAGUCACCCUACCGUGAGGACUUGUGACUGCACCCACAGCCAGAGCCAGACCCACACCUUAAAUUAUUCAGAAAGGCGUCUUGCAGGAACAGGGCCCUGUGGACGUUGCCCCCAUUUCUCCAGGUGGAUGACUGGAGGGAGCAGCUGUUGCUUCGAAAUGGUUGAUUCUCAUUUGGCCUUUAAAAAGCUGCAUUUCUUGGUGUUAAACAGAUUCGUAUAUUUUGAUACCGUUCUUUAUAAUAAAAUUGACCAUUGAAGGUAGGAA